CCGCUCGCGAGAGUUGGAAGUAAACAGCCCCGAAUGGAGAGCCCAGGCGUGCUGGCCGCCGCCGCGCCGUUCCCCCGGGCCUUCCGGACGCGAGCCUGAGGCGGCCCAGAGGUUGGCUGCAGAGUGACUAAGCAUCAGCACCCUUGGCCUUGGUUCCGUGGUGCACAUGGAGCUCAGGACUCGGUUGUCUCGGCCCCAGUGAGGACAGCCCUGCGCCCAAGAUGGAGAAGAAACGGAGAAAGAAAUGAGAGCCCGUCUUGUGGCCUGGCCUUGGGAGGCCAUGGGACUGACCUUGUGCUUGCGGUGGACCAGACUGUGAGGUGGCUGAGCGGUGACGUCACCGCUGCAGCUCUGCCUGCGGCAGGAGUUCUCUUCUGAUCGAGGAAGAAAAAAGUACAGUUUGAAUUUAUGCGAUUUUCUGACCGCAUUCACUUAGGACCAUGAAGCUUGUCAACACCUGGCUGCCUCUGCUGGUGGUGUCACUGUGUGGGAAGAAGCAUCUGGGUGACACCCUGGAAAAGAGAUCCUUUGAAAAGGCCCCGUGCCCUGGCUGCUCCCACCUGACUCUGAAGGUGGAGUUCUCCACGUCGGUUGUGGAAUACGAAUAUAUUGUGGCUUUCAAUGGAUACUUCACAGCGAAAGCUAGAAAUUCAUUUAUUUCAAGUGCCCUGAAGAGCAGUGAAGUAGACAAUUGGAGAAUUAUACCUCGAAACAAUCCAUCCAGUGACUACCCAAGUGAUUUUGAGGUGAUCCAGAUAAAAGAAAAGCAGAAAGUGGGGCUGCUAACCCUGGAAGAUCAUCCGAACAUCAAGCGGGUGACCCCUCAGCGGAAGGUCUUCCGUUCCCUUAAGUACGCUGACUCUGACCCCGUCGUGCCCUGUAACGAAACCCGCUGGGGCCAGAAGUGGCAGUCGUCGCGUCCUCUGCGGAGGGCGAGUCUCUCCCUGGGCUCCGGCUUCUGGCACGCCACCGGCAGGCACUCGAGUCGACGGCUGCUGAGAGCCAUUCCACGCCAGGUGGCUCAGACCCUGCAGGCAGACGUGCUCUGGCAGAUGGGGUACACAGGUGCUAAUGUGAGAGUUGCUGUUUUUGACACUGGGCUGAGUGAGAAGCAUCCCCACUUCAAAAAUGUGAAGGAGAGAACCAACUGGACCAACGAGCGAACGCUGGACGACGGGUUGGGCCAUGGCACAUUCGUGGCAGGUGUGAUAGCCAGUAUGCGGGAGUGCCAAGGAUUUGCUCCAGAUGCAGAGCUUCAUAUUUUCAGGGUCUUUACCAAUAAUCAGGUCUCAUACACAUCGUGGUUUCUGGAUGCCUUCAACUACGCCAUCUUAAAGAAGAUCGAUGUGCUCAACCUCAGCAUCGGCGGCCCCGACUUCAUGGAUCAUCCCUUUGUAGACAAGGUGUGGGAGUUGACAGCCAACAACGUGAUCAUGGUCUCUGCCAUUGGCAAUGACGGGCCUCUUUAUGGCACUCUGAAUAACCCUGCUGAUCAGAUGGACGUCAUUGGUGUGGGCGGCAUUGACUUUGAAGACAACAUCGCCCGCUUCUCCUCCAGGGGCAUGACCACCUGGGAACUACCAGGAGGCUAUGGCCGUGUGAAACCUGACAUUGUCACCUAUGGCGCUGGAGUGCGGGGUUCUGGCGUGAAAGGCGGGUGCCGGGCUCUCUCGGGGACCAGCGUUGCCUCUCCAGUGGUGGCAGGUGCCGUCACCUUGUUGGUGAGCACAGUCCAGAAGCGUGAGCUGGUGAACCCUGCCAGCAUGAAGCAGGCCCUGAUAGCGUCGGCGCGCAGGCUUCCUGGGGUCAACAUGUUUGAGCAAGGCCACGGCAAGCUCGAUCUGCUCCGAGCCUACCAGAUCCUCAACAGCUACAAGCCACAGGCGAGCUUGAGCCCGAGCUACGUAGAUCUGACUGAGUGUCCCUACAUGUGGCCCUACUGCUCCCAGCCCAUCUACUAUGGAGGAAUGCCGACAAUUGUUAAUGUCACCAUCCUCAACGGCAUGGGAGUGACAGGAAGAAUUGUAGAUAAGCCCGACUGGCAGCCCUAUCUGCCCCAGAAUGGGGACAACAUCGAGGUUGCCUUCUCUUACUCUUCGGUGUUAUGGCCUUGGUCCGGCUACUUGGCUGUCUCCAUUUCUGUGACCAAGAGAGCGGCGUCCUGGGAAGGAAUUGCCCAGGGCCACGUCAUGGUCACCGUCGCUUCCCCCGCGGAGAUGGAGUCAAAAAAUGGUGCGGAACAUACUUCAACAGUUAAGCUCCCGAUUAAGGUGAAAAUCAUCCCUACUCCCCCUCGGAGCAAGAGGGUGCUGUGGGAUCAGUACCACAACCUCCGCUACCCGCCUGGCUACUUCCCCAGGGAUAACCUGCGCAUGAAGAACGACCCUUUAGACUGGAAUGGUGACCACGUGCACACCAACUUCAGGGACAUGUACCAGCACCUGAGGAGCAUGGGCUACUUCGUGGAGGUUCUUGGCUCCCCCUUCACGUGCUUCGAUGCCAGUCAGUAUGGUACCUUGCUGAUGGUGGACAGCGAGGAGGAGUACUUCCCCGAGGAGAUCGCCAAGCUGAGGAGGGACGUGGACAAUGGCCUUUCGCUGGUCGUCUUCAGUGACUGGUACAACACCUCGGUCAUGAGGAAAGUCAAGUUCUACGAUGAAAACACAAGGCAGUGGUGGAUGCCAGACACUGGAGGAGCCAACAUCCCGGCUCUGAAUGAGCUGCUGUCUGUGUGGAACAUGGGCUUCAGCGACGGCCUGUAUGAAGGGGAGUUCACCUUGGCAAACCACGACAUGUACUACGCUUCAGGCUGCAGCAUCGCCAAGUUCCCAGAGGAGGGCAUAGUGAUCACACAGACCCUGAAGGACCAAGGAUUGGAAGUUUUAAAGCAAGAAACAGCAGUUGUUGAAAAUGUCCCCAUUUUGGGACUGUAUCAGCUUCCAGCCGAGGGCGGAGGCCGGAUCGUCCUCUACGGAGACUCCAACUGCCUGGACGACAGCCAUCGACAGAAGGACUGCUUUUGGCUCCUGGACGCGCUCCUUCAGUACACGUCCUACGGGGUGACCCCUCCCAGCCUCAGUCACUCGGGGAACCGGCAUCGUCCUCCCAGCGGAGCAGGCACGGCUCCUCCAGAGAGGAUGGAAGGAAACCAUCUUCAUCGGUACUCCAAAGUGCUCGAGGCCCAUCUGGGAGACCCGAAACCUCGUCCUCUGCCCGCUUGUCCACACUUGUCUUGGGCCAAGCCACAGCCUUUGAACGAGACAGCGCCCAGUAAUCUUUGGAAGCAUCAGAAGCUGCUGUCCAUCGACCUGGACAAAGUGGUGUUACCCAACUUCCGAUCGAAUCGCCCUCAAGUGAGACCCUUGUCCCCCGGAGAAAGUGGUGCCUGGGACAUUCCCGGAGGGAUCAUGCCUGGCCGCUAUAACCAGGAAGUGGGUCAGACCAUUCCUGUCUUCGCCUUCCUGGGAGCCAUGGUGGUCCUGGCCUUCUUUGUGGUACAGAUCAACAAGGCCAAGAGCAGGCCAAAGCGGAGGAAGCCCAGGGUGAAGCGCCCCCAGCUCAUGCAGCAGAUGCACCCCCCGAAGACCCCGUCGGUGUGACCACAGACUGACCACGCGAGCCACCGUGGGCAGGUGCAGCUGUGAGGGUGUCUGGGGGCCGCCUCCGUGCAGGGCUCCAGGGCCGUGCUGAAUGAGCCUCCCGUCCUGUGAUGCUCGGCCCAGCAGGAGGGACUCCAUGGCUCAGCCUCCGGUGGCUUCACGCCGGGCAGCUGUGAGCACCAAAGACCCGGGGGAGCUGCCGAGGCGGCCGAGCUGUGUGCCUGAGAGGGGAAAGACGCACUUCCGGACCGGCGGCACGCCCUGCCCAAGCUGAAGUCUGCUUGUUAAUGGCUGUUUUCUAUAUUUAUUGUUGGGGAAAAGUCACUUUAAAGACUUGUGCUAUCUGGAAGCAAAGCUAUUUUUUUGUCAGUGGAAUGCAGUUUUUUACUAUGACGUCAUCGAGGAAGAACACAGAUCCCGUGAUCUCCUUGGGGAUGAGCGGACAGACUGGGGUCGAGGAAACCUGCACAGUCGGAAACAUAGACCUUCGCUUUAUUUUUGUAACUGUCCACUGCCAUCCUGUUUUGUAAUGGGGACCUCGAUGUCACCGUUGUGGGUGAAGACAGCAUCACCUGUGUGACGCUGACGGGCCUGUGCCAGGGGUCUUUUUCCACCUCUCCUUUUCUCUUUGAUGACGACCUGGAAUGAGUUCUGAACCAGCCUGUCCCUUUUUUAUUGAGAUAAAAUUCACAUACCAUAAAAUUCUCCAUUUUAAAGCAUA